GUCGGAAGCAAAUCCAGUGAAACAGAUGGAAGAGCUAAGGAAUACAGUGGAGGAGUUGUCCUCAUCCAACCUCUACUGCCAAUACUGUGACUUUUAUCUCAGUUCAUUCAAUGACAUCAAUUCACACAUCGGAACAGUUCUUCAUCAGCAGAAUAUGGCAAAGAAAUCGAUGGAAAACAGUGCGCAAAGUGUACCUAAGUGUGAGCCCAUGAACCGUACUGUUGUGGAACGGGUGCCCAUAGGAAUGGCAGCUUUGGUCAAAAUGAUUGACAAUCGCAAACAAAUUACACUCAAAUCGCUGACUGAUAUGGAGAGUUACCAAAUCUGUUCGGACAGUGAGGCCUCUCUGGCCAAAGAAUUGGCCAAAUUAUUGACCAAUGAAUUGCUUAACUAUAAGAUGAGUCUAAUGCCUGAUAACGUCAAAGAGGCUUUGAAACAUCAGGGAAUUGGUCUCUUGAAAUCUGCAACCAAUAUGUGAUUACCACUCAAAUCAUUAUUUCAUAUAUUAUACGA